AUGCAUUCUAGUAAGCAUGACACUUCUUAACUUUUUAGAGAAGACUAAGAGUAGCCUUAUUACAGUGAAAGUGAUGGUGAUGAAUUAAACAAAUAAGUCUAACUAUAAUAACAAGAUGAAGUUUUAAAUAGCUCUGAACAAUCUAAACUUAAAUCUAUAACUGUAUAUCUAGGUAAUAGAUAUGGUUAGGAUUUAAACGCAAAAAUUUUAUGGAUAAAAAAUAAAUUUGGAGAUUUUAAUAUCUAAAAAAGAUAUUUUGAAAACCUAGAUGAAUUCUUUAAUAAUCUUGCUUUUCAAUCCUAACUUAAAAGUUUUAUCAGUAAAAUGAGUAAAGAAAAAAGCGAAACAAGGUAAUUUUAUGAGAAGGUUUUUCUUCAGUAUAUAGAAAACUGCAAUCAUCUAUCUGCUAAAGAAAAAGAAAAUAUAAAAUAAGACACAAAUGAAAAAUACCAUCACUUUAAAUAUGACAAGGAAGAUUUUAAGCAACAAUUAAAAGAAAAAUAUGAAAAGUUAUAUUAACUUGCAAAAAAAUCAUUCAAGGAAAAGAGACAACUCAAGCAAGGAACACAGAAGCAGCAGCCUACACAAGGAAAUCAAAGUAAAAAUAUGAAUUUUAAUCAUUCAUAUAUCCACAUAAAUAACUCAAAUCAGAAAAAUAUGAAUCAAAAUUUAUCUGAGUAUGAUUACUAACAAAAAAAAAUAAAGCUAGAUGAAAAAAUCUAAAGCAAUAAUAAUACAUAAUAAAUGAAAGAAAGGAAUACUAGUACUGAUUUAAUGUAAAAAACUACUGAAAAACAGCAGAUAAUAGUCUUAAAAAGCGAAUAGAUAAAAAAGCUAGAGACAAAAUUACAAUCAAUGACAGCUCUUAGAAAAAAAUUACAAAAUGAGUACAACAAAAUUAAAAAAUAGUGUAUUGAAUUAUGUGAGUCUUUUAAAUCUUUAGACACUGAGAAUUUGGAGAAUCUUAGAGUAACUUAGCUGAGCUUUGAUAAUGCUUUACAUUAGUAUUAACAAAAAUAUAAAUAACCUCUUAACUUUUAGAAGCCACCAUCGUAUUAAAACAAUCAAAUUGCUUAUUAAUAGCAAUAUCCAAUUCUUAAAAACUAAUAAGCUUUCAAGCCUAUUUGA